AUGGAAGAUGGUAACAUGAUCUUCCAUGAUGGUCCUGAUGAUGAACCUUUUCACAUCGAAGGUCCAGAUAUGCACCACUUCCGGUCAUCCUCCUAUAAAGAAGAACAUCAACAACUGAAAGACAUCUGGGAAAAGGUUAUAGAAAAUUAUAAAAGAAACAUCAUCACAUUACCACUUCAAAGAAUUAAGACGUUUGACAAAGAUGGCAAAGUCGUGUAUAUAACACCAACUGAGACAGACUUGCCAUCUGAGUCAACAGACAACUACCAGCACAACAUACCUGUACAAGAAUUUCAAGGCAGUAGUGGCACCAUAGAACCUGCCAACGAGGAUCAACCAUCAACUUCGCCGGAAAAGAAUUUAGAACAAGGUAUAUUACUACAAAGGAAAUAAUGUAUUAAUAUAAUAUUUAUAUUCUUAAAAGGUGUGUGUUAAC